AUGUCCGCCCGCCGUCCCCAUGGGCAAAGCUAUGCCGAAGUUGCGGCCAAAUCUCCCCAAGAGAACGACACUGAUGUGACCCCUGCAGUCCCGGCCCAUGUCAUCUACAAGCUUCUGGGCUUCACAGCCGCCAUGGUGUUUGCUCCCAUUGGCAUGUACUUCCUUACCGUCAACUCGAUCUUUGGAGGCAAUGCUACCUACUCUGGAAUUACAGCAGCCAUCACUGCCAAUGUGGUCUUGUUCGCCUACAUCUAUGUCGCCUGGAAGGAAGACCAGGGAGACCAGCAAGAAGCAAAGAAGGCCAAUUCAAAGAAAGGCCAAUGA